GAGGGGAAACCUCGGUGGAGUUUGGAAGGAAUCCGCCUUCCGAUUGGUUGUUAGUAGAAAGAGGGUGGGUGCGGCCGGCGUAUGCCGGACCCAGGCCGCCCCGUCUGGUGCUCAAAUUUCCCGGGCCAGGAGCGCGGGGCCUGCCGGGAAGGCGUCGGGACGGUUAUCCAGCGGGCCGCCGGCGGUGGCGGACGACCUUCGCCAUGCAGAGCACGGACCUGGGCAACAAGGAGAGUGGCAAGAUAUGGCACCGCAAGCCGUCCCCGGCCACGCGGGACGGAAUUAUAGUGAACAUCAUUCACAACACUUCUGACUACCGUCCAAAAGUUUUGCGAUUUUUAAAUGUGGCUUUUGAUGGCACGGGCGACUGCUUAAUUGCUGGAGACCACCAAGGAAAUAUUUAUGUUUUUGACUUGUGUGGAAACAGGCCUCCUGAUUCAUGAGAAAACGGACACCUGCAAGCUUUCCUUUCUCCUUCCCAUUGCAGCCUCAAAUAUAUUGUUCAAUCUUGUUCAGCGAACAGCACAAGCUUGCACAGCUCUGGCCUUUAAUCUUCGUAGGAAAUCUGAAUUCCUUGUGGCAUUAGCUGAUUAUUCUAUUAAAUGUUUUGAUACAGUCACCAAGGAGCUAGUUAGCUGGAUGAGAGGACAUGAAUCAUCAGUAUUUUCAAUCUCUGUGCAUGCAUCAGGGAGAUAUGCCAUCACUACUUCUUCUGAUACAGCACAAUUAUGGGACUUGGAUACCUUUCAGAGAAAAAGAAAGCUGAAUAUUCGCCAGUCUGUGGGUAUACAGAAGGUCUUCUUUCUACCAUUAAGUAAUACCAUCCUCAGCUGUUUUAAAGAUAAUUCCAUUUUUGCCUGGGAAUGUGACACACUUUUUUGCAAAUAUCAACUGCCAGCUCCACCCGAAAGCUCUAGUAUAUUAUACAAAGUGUUUGCUGUGACCAGAGAUGGCCGAAUCCUGGCUGCUGGAGGCAAGUCAAAUCAUCUUCAUUUGUGGUGUUUAGAAGCUAGACAGCUCUUUAGAAUUAUCCAGAUGCCCACUAAAGUUCGAGCCGUUCGCCAUCUAGAAUUUCUUCCUGAUAGUUUUGAUGCUGGUUCUAAUCAGGUUCUUGGAGUACUAAGUCAAGAUGGUAUUAUGAGAUUUAUCAAUACACAGACUUGUAAACUGCUCUUUGAGAUUGGGAGCCUUGAUGAAGGAAUUAGCUCAGCAGUGAUUAGCCCACAUGGACGGUACAUUGCAUCUAUUGUGGAAAAUGGAAGUCUAAACAUAUACUCAGUUCAGGCUUUAACACAAGAAAUAAAUAAGCCACCUCCGCCUUUAGUGAAAGUUAUUGAAGAUUUGCCUAAGAAUAAACUGAGUUCCAGUGAUCUUAAGAUGAAAGUAACAUCAGGAAGAGUACAGCAGCCAGCAAAGUCUAGGGAAAGCAAAAUACAAACUAGAAUAUUAAAACAAGACGUGACUGGUAAUUUUGAGAGUAAAAAGAAUGAAUUACCAGAUGGAUUAAACAAAAAGCGUUUACAAAUCUUAUUAAAAGGCUAUGGUGAAUAUCCAACAAAAUACAGAAUGUUCAUUUGGCGCUCUCUACUACAACUGCCCGAAAAUCAUACUGCAUUUAGUAGCCUCACAGAUAAGGGGACUCAUGUGGCGUUUCUCAACCUUCAGAAGAAAUACCCCAUCAAAAGUAGGAAACUACUCAGAGUAUUACAGAGAACCUUAUCUGCAUUAGCUCACUGGUCUGUCAUUUUCAGUGACACACCGUAUCUUCCACUCUUGGCAUUUCCAUUUGUAAAAUUAUUCCAGAACAAUCAACUCAUCUGUUUUGAAGUUAUUGCUACUCUCAUAAUGAAUUGGUGUCAACACUGGUUUGAGUAUUUUCCUAAUCCUCCUAUCAAUAUUCUUAGUAUGAUAGAAAAUGUUUUGGCAUUUCAUGACAAGGAACUGCUGCAACACUUCAUAGAUCAUGAUAUAACUUCCCAGCUAUAUGCAUGGCCUCUUCUUGAAACUGUGUUCUCGGAAGUGCUGACAAGAGAAGAGUGGCUGAAAUUGUUUGACAAUAUUUUUUCCAACCAUCCUUCCUUCCUUCUGAUGACUGUUGUAGCCUACAACAUAUGUUCUAGAGUGCCUCUGCUCAACUGUAAUCUUAAAGAUGAUUUUGAGUUUUUUUUUCACCAUCGGAAUAACCUGGAUAUAAAUGUUGUGAUUAGACAAGUGUAUCAUCUCAUGGAGACCACGCCCACUGCCAUUCAUCCAGACAGCAUGCUUCAUGUUUUUGUUGCACUGACAAAAGGACAGUACCCAGUAUUUAAUCAAUAUCCAAAGUUUAUUGUGGACUAUCAGACACAGGAACGAGAAAGAAUAAGGAACGAUGAGUUGGAUUACCUAAGGGAGAGGCAGACAGUUGAAGAUAUGCAAGCUGAAGUCGACCAGCAAAGAGUUGAAGAUGAAGCUUGGUACCAGAAACAGGAGCUGCUUCGUAAAGCUGAAGAAACAAGGAGAGAAAUGCUCUUACAAGAGGAGGAGAAAAUGAUACAACAAAGACAGAGGCUAGCUGCUGCGAAGAGAGAGCUGAAAAUAAAGGAAAUGCACUUACAAGAUGCUGUAAGAAGGCGUUUUCUGAAGCUUCAGCAAGAUCAACGGGAAAUGGAGCUAAGAAGACUGGACGACGAGAUUGGGAGAAAGAUACACAUGAGAGAUCAAGAAAUUGCUGCCACAGCCAAAGACCUAGAAAUGAGACAGCUGGAACUCGAAUCACAAAAGAGACUUUAUGAGAAGAAUCUUACUCAAAAUCAAGAAGCUGUUGCAAAAGAAAUGCGAGCAGACGCAGAUGCCUAUAGACGAAAAGUGGAUCUUGAAGAACACAUGUUUCAUCAACUGAUAGAAGCAGGUGAAAUGCAGAGCCAAAAAACUCAGAAGGUGAUGGAAGAAAAUUUGGCAAAGGCUGAACAAGCCUGCCUAAAUACUGACUGGCAGAUUCAGUCUUUACAUAAACAAAAAUGUGAUGAUCUACAACGAAACGAAUGUUACCAGGAAGUAGCCAAACUCCUUAGGGAAAACAGAAGGAAAGAAAUAGAGCUAUUACAUGCAAUGGUGGAGGAGGAAGCCAAGAAGUGGAAGGAAGCUGAAGGAAAAGAGUUCGAUUUGAGAUCGGCAAAGAAAGCUUCUGCUCUUUCAGAUGCAUCUAGAAAGUGGUUUUUAAAGCAAGAGAUAAAUGCAGCUGUUGAACAUGCUGACAAUCUAUGUCAUAAAGAAAAGUCCAGGUUCCAUAAUGAACAGGAGGACUCAAGCUGUUUACCUAGAACAUCACAACUAAAUGACACUUCUGAAAUGGAUCCCUCAGCACAGAUUUCUUUAAAUCGAAGAGCAGUAGAAUGGGACACCUCAGGACCAAAUCUUAUCGAGAAAGUGAGAAAUCUUCGCCAGAGACUCACUGCCCAGGCUCGUCACAGGUGUCAAACCCCUCAUCUUUUGGCUACAUAGAAAGCAUGUCACCUUGAGACAGUCAAGAGACCUAUUUUGCAAUCAGUGACGUUGAUUUUUAGAUUAUUUAUUUAAAAUUGCUAUGAAGAUUAACCUUUUGUACAGAAAAAUGUGUCUAUAAAAAUUAUGCUAUUCUGAUACUUUUUGGCUUGUAAGUGGCUUCUUGAACUUUUUACAAUAAAUGUUAUAGAAACUAUU